AUGGUAUCUGGUAAAUAUCCUCCAUUUGGCUUGAAGAAUCCUAAUAUUGACACUUCCCAAGAAGAUUUUCUCUAUCAUUUUGGAUUCGGUAAUAAAUCCAUAGAUGUCGAAAAAGUAUUUGGAGACACAAAGUUUGUGUGUACUGGCGGAUCCCACACAAGAAUGAAACAAUAUGCGGAAGAUUUCGCAAAAGAAUGCAAUGUUGCAUGCAGUGAAAAUCUCUCAAAAAGUGACCGUUUUGUCCUUUACAAGAGCGGAAAAGUAGUGUGGGUGAAUCAUGGCAUGGGAAAUCCCUCACUAAGUAUAAUGCUCAAUGAAAUUUUAAAGCUCAUGUACUAUGCAAAAGCACAAGAUGUUAAAUUCAUGCGCUUGGGAACUUCGGGAGGUGUUGGAGUGGAACCUGGUACGGUCCUCAUUACCAAAAACGCCCUUAAUGCCGCCCUAGAUGAAAAAUAUGUGCAGUGGAUAGCGGGAAGAAAAGUAGAACGUGAUACAUAUCUUGACGAAGAUCUCCAAAAAGACCUAACUGCAACUGCGAAGGAAAAAGAUAUUCCAGUCGAAGUUGGCUACACCAUGUGUGCCGACGAAUUUUAUGAAGGGCAGAUGCGCCUGGAUGGUUUUCUUUGUGAGUACAACAGCGACAAAAAAAUGGCAUUUUUGAAAAAGCUAAAUGAAAGAGGAGUGCGGAACAUUGAAAUGGAAAGCACAUGUUUUGCUUCAAUGACAUAUCGUGCUGGUUGUAAAGCUGCCGUUCUCUGUGUUACGCUUUUGAACCGUAUGAAAGGCGAUCAGAUACUUCUCACCGCCGCUCAGUUCAAAGACUUUGAAGACCGACCAUUUCGACUGGCCACUGCUUAUAUGAAAAAACAACUCGGAUAUUAGAAUACUAACGAAGUCACUUACUCAAUAAAGA